UCUGACCGGACAUCCGUGUUUACUUUAGCUGCUCAGCCUGUUUGUUGAUCGCUCUCAUUUUGCUCAUUAACGCCCAACUGUAAGCCGGCUUGAUAUCUCAGGGAGAUUUUACUCACCGUCGCCAGGAGUCAAGCCGCUUUUCUGACAGCAGCUACGACAAACAGCGAGUAUGUCUCGGACUUGAAUUUGACGACGGAAAUCAAGCGGAGAGUCUUUUCUAAUGUAGCUUGUUAGCUUGGCUGCGUUGCGUACAGUCCCCGCACACACAGCCUUUUUGUUCUGCUCUUAGACAGCCUCUGCAUGACGAAUCACCGGCCGUGUUCAGUACAGACAGGGCGGGUAAAACAGCGAGGGCUUUAUUGAAAAACGUGUCAAGAAGAACACCCCUGGUUUGUCAACGCGAACCCCGGGGCUAAACCCCGGCCAUCGAGCGAAUUAAUGGCCGGAAAUCCGAGGAGGGGCGCCGGUCUCAUCGGUUUGAUGAAGGACGCCUUUCAACCCCACCAGCAGCCUCUCCAGGCUCAUCAACCCGCCGUGGUCGAUAAGAAAAUGGUGGAGAAAUGCUGGAAACUCAUGGAUAAGGUGGUGCGUUUGUGCCAGAACCCCAAGGUGGCGCUGAAGAACAGCCCCCCCUACAUCCUCGACCUGCUGCCGGACACCUACCAGCACUUACGCACCAUCUUGUCCAGAUACGAGGGCAAAAUAGAAAUUCUGGGGGAAAACGAGUAUUUCCGCGUGGUUAUCGACAACCUGACCAACAAGACUAAGCAGACCAUGAGCCUUUUUAAGGAGGCCAAAGAGAGGAUGUACGAGGAGAACUCCCAGCCCAGGCGUAACCUCACAAAGCUGUCUCUGAUCUUCAGUCACAUGUUAGCAGAGCUCAAAGCCAUCUUCCCCAACGGCCUCUUUCAGGGCGACAACUUCAGGAUCACCAAAGCUGAUGCAGCCGAAUUCUGGAGACGCUCGUUUGGAGACAAAACCAUUGUGCCCUGGAGGAUGUUUCGCCAGGCUCUCCAUGAAUUUCACCCCAUCAGUUCAGGCUUGGAGGCCAUGGCGCUUAAAUCCACCAUCGACCUCACCUGCAACGACUACAUCUCUGUUUUUGAGUUUGACAUCUUCACUAGACUCUUCCAGCCGUGGUCGUCUCUUUUAAGGAACUGGAACAGUCUGGCGGUCACGCAUCCUGGUUACAUGGCGUUCCUCACCUACGACGAGGUCAAGGCUCGGCUGCAGAGAUUCAUCCACAAACCUGGCAGCUACAUCUUCAGGCUGAGCUGCACUCGACUGGGUCAGUGGGCUAUCGGCUACGUGACGGCUGAUGGGAACAUCCUGCAGACCAUCCCUCACAACAAACCCCUCUUCCAAGCCCUUAUUGAUGGAUAUAGAGAAGGAUUCUAUCUUUUCCCAGACGGCCGAGCACAAAACCCAGACCUGACAGGUCUGUGUGAACCUUCUCCACAGGACCACAUCAAAGUUACUCAGGAGCAGUAUGAGCUGUACUGUGAGAUGGGCUCCACCUUCCAGCUUUGUAAGAUCUGUGCAGAGAAUGAUAAAGACGUGAAGAUCGAGCCCUGCAGACAUCUGAUGUGCACUUCCUGCCUGACCGCCUGGCAGGAGUCCGAGGGUCAGGGCUGCCCGUUCUGUCGCUGUGAGAUUAAAGGCACGGAGCCCAUCGUGGUGGACCCCUUCCACCCCAAGGCCAGCGGGGCUUCCUUUGCUGGUCUGCAGGGGUCCAGCAGAGCAGAAGCAGCCGGAAACGAGGAGGAGGAGGACGAUCGGCUGGAGGAUCAGCAUCUGGUCAUGAGCGGGCUGACCUGCAUUAAGGUUGAGCGUCCAGCUUCUCCCGUGUCUCAGCUGCCUCCGGUGCCUCCACGACUGGACCUCCUGCAGCAGAGAUCCUCCGGCUCACAUCCCGCUCUAAGUCAGGGAGCCUCGGUCAAGAUUGCUGCCACUCACCGAGACAAGCCCCUCCCACCUCCCCCUGGCCUAAGAGAGCUGCCCCCUCCUCCCCCUCCCGAGCGGCCCUCCCUCACAGGCCCGGACUCCAGAUUCCAGAGGAGACCUCUGCCCUCCACCCCCGACCAGCCUGCCUGGGCUGCCAACUACAUGGUGCCACGUCCUGCAACAAAGGCCCCGUCUGCGCUGUCCUCCAUCCCUCAGAGCUCCACCAACGGGGAGGCAGCCAAACCCCAAGUGGCCACCAAUGCUGUGUACUGCCUGGCUGCAAGGUCUCUCCCGCCUUCUCUGGUGUCGAGUGGAGAAAAGCUUUCAUCAGACUCUGAGGAGAAUGACUACAUGAGUCCCACCUCCCUCCCGGUCUCCAGCUCCCCCUGGGUCAUAACGGGCUCUUUGGUCCCCCCCCCACCAGCCCAGACAAACAGCCACAGCGACCUCAGCGACCUGGGCGACGCUGACUCCGAAGACCCUCAGGUGUACGAGUCCAUGUUUAACAUCCAGACUCAGGCUGGUUCCUCUGAGACGACGCAGGCUUCUGACCUCGAGCUUCCCCAGCAGUCAGCUGUGGUUUCCCAGGAGAAUAAGGAAGACGCCAACAUGGAGGACAUCUAUGGGUACGACUGUCCUCGGCCGGUCGUCCCUCUCGCGCCGCUCAGAAGAAACCUGGCUGACCUCAGCCUGGAUGGUUCAGGAGAAACUGGUACGUUUACACCUAUUGCUGAACUUGAACGUCCCCCUAAACCUCUCCCUCGUCGAGCCAACUCUGACCGACGGCCUCGACCCUUCAACCGUGACUUCUCCGCUCCCUUGCCCGAGCUGCCCGGUCCCGCCUCUGCCUCUCCCCCUCCUCUCCCUCCCCCUCCUCCUCCCAAUCUCGCUGGUGCCGCCGGUCCCGGAAGCCUGGCCUUGAACGGGGAGAUCGAGUGCCUGAUGUCCCAAGGCUACUCCAUCCAGGACAUCCAGAAAGCUCUGAUGAUCGCCCAGAACAACCUGGAGACGGCCAAGAACAUCCUGCGUGAGUUCGUCUCCAUCCCCUCCGCGGCCCACAUCGCCACAUAGGACGUCUCCCAUGGCGCUCGUCCUCCGUCUGUCUCGCCUGUUGUCUCCGCUCUGUGCCAUGAUCACGGAUAGCAUUUACCAAGCACUUUUCCUGCAGGGCCACAAGUAUUCACCAGAAGGAUUUACUCUGAAGGAACGCAUCUCUUUCAUUUCAGACCCAAACAUCCAAAGUCGGUUGUAAUCAGCUGCGCUGUCAGGUGUUGUUUGCUUUUCUAAACACAUUUUGUUGUAAAAACAGAUUAUUUUGAUUGUGUUGGACAAGUGACUGAUGCUGAAGCCUCAAAAAUAAUUCUAACCCCCCCACUCUGAAGAUUGGAAGGCCUUGGCUAGCUAGCUUGCUAAGAAAUGGCUAGCCACAUUUAGCUCAGCGUGAGCUGAACGCAGCACACAAGGAGAGUAGAAGAGUCGUCGUAAGCCGACUUUUGACCCUGCGACGUAUUUUGCAAAGUGCCGCGGCACAACUGCACCCCACCAGUAUAAGUGCAUUCUCUCAUUAAGCUACAGUGACUGAUCAGCAGAAAGGCCCUGCAGAUCGCUUCUCGCUGCUGCGAGGAUCUUCAGUUCGGUGCUUUAUGGGCUUCUCUGCAGCCUGUUGUCGGCGUGCGUGGCCGUGCUGAUGAAUGUGUCCAUUCAGUUGCAGUGCAUCAUCAGAGGGCUUCACGUUUUUGCUCCAUUGCUCUGUUUCGAUGAUGUCCGGCAGGUGGAGCAGAUCUCCACCCUCCUCCCGGUUCGACUAGUUCUGUGAUGAAAUAACAACUCUAAUGUUUCAGUACUCUCAUAACGUGUCGUGAUGUGUGUAGUACUAACGAUGGCCGAGUUUCACUUCAUUUCAUUCCAUGGUCCGCUUCCAUCCUGUGGUGGUCUGACACCGAGUGCUGCUUUAAAUCAGGAAAACAAGGUGACAACGUCACAACACUUGCUACUAUUUAUGGCGUUCAAGUCGUUUUCAAACCGUGACUGCUGGCGACCAGUUGGAGACGAAAAGUACAGGAAGUACACGCUCACCUUACAACAUGUACUAUGAAAGUUAAGGUUUUAAAAAUGAGCCACAUUCUUAUAAUUCUUUAAGGAUGUUUCUAUUUUUUAAUGAGGAAAACGUCAUUUACAUGAAGGGCCAGGGUUUAAAAGAGAUACUGCAACCAGCCACUAGAGGGCAAUCUUUUUGUUUCGCUUUUAACUUCCGGGUUGUGUUACUGUGUUGAGUUCUGCUUUUUUGAACACACACAGUAUUUGUAACUACACUGAACAAAAAUAUAAACGCAACACUUUUGUUUUUGCUCCCAUUUUUCGUGAGAUGGACUUAAAGAUCUAAAAUUCAUUCCAGAUACACAAUAUCACCAUUUCUCUCAAACAUUGUUCACAAAUCAGUCUAAAUGUGUGAUAGUGAGCACUUCUGCUGCUGAGAUAAUCCAUCCCACCUCACAGGUGUGCCACAUCAAGAUGCUGACCCGACAUCAUGAGUAGUGCACAGGUGUACCUUAUACUGCCCACAAUAAAAGGCCACCCUGGAAUGUGCAGUUUUUUGCUUUAUUGGGGGUCUGGGGACUCAGAACCGGUCAGUAUCUGGUGUGACCACCAUUUGCCUCAUGCAGUGCAACACAUCUUCUUCACAUAGAGCUUAUCAGAUUGUCAAUGGUGGCCUGUGGAAUGUUGGUCCACUCCUCUUCAAUGGCUGUGCGAAGUUGUUGGAUAUUAGUGGGAAAUGGUACAUGCUGUCGUAUACGCCGGUCAAGCACGUCCCAAACAUGCUCAACGGGUGACAUGUCCGGUGAGUAUGCUGGCCAUGCAAGAACUGGGACAUUUUCAGCUUCCAACAAUUGUGUACAGAUCCUUGCAACGCGGGGCCGUGCAUUAUCUUGCUGAAGCAUGCGGUGAUGUUCAUGGAUGUACGGCACAACAAUGGGCCUCAGGAUCUCAUCACGGUAUCUCUGUGCAUUCAAAAUGCCAUCAAUAAAAUGCACCUGUGUUCUUCGUCCAUAACAGAUGCCUGCCCAUACCAUAACCCCACCACCACCAUGGGCCACUCCAUCCACAACACUGACAUCAGCAAAGUGCUCACCCACACGACGCCACACACGCUGUCUGCCAUCUGCCCUGAACAAUGUAAACCGAGAUUCAUCCGUGGAAGAGAACACCUCUCCAACGUGCCAGACGCCAUCGAAUGUGAGCAUUUGCCCACCCAAGUCUGUUACGGCGACGAGCUGGAGUCAGGUCAAGACCCCGAUGAGGACGACGAGCAUGCAGUUGAGCUUCCCUGAGACGGUUUCUGACAGUUUGUGCAGAAAUUGUUUGGUUAUGCAAACCAAUUGUUUCAGCAGCUGUCUGAGUGGCUGGUCUCAGACCAUCUUGGAGGUGAACCUGCUGGAUGUGGAGGUCCUGGGCUGGUGUGGUUACACGUCAUCUGCGGUUGUGAGGCCGGUUGGAUGUACUGCCAUAUUCUCUGAAACGCCUUUGGAGACGGCUUAUGAUAAAUGAUAAAUGACCCGCACUUGUAUAGCGCCUGUCAGAGUAAGGACUCCAAAGCGCUUUACACUACAGUGUAUCAUUAUGGUGGAGAAAUGAACAUUCAAUGCAUGAGCAACAGAUCUGGUUGACAUUCCUGCUGUCAGCAUGCCAAUUGCAUGCUCCCUCAAGGCUGGUGGUAUCUGUGGCAUUUUGCUGUGAGACAAAACUGCACAUUCCAGGGUGGCCUUUUAUUGUGGGCAGUAUAAGGUACACCUGUGCACUACUCAUGAUGUCGGGUCAGCAUCUUGAUGUGGCACACCUGUGAGGUGGGAUGGAUUAUCUCAGCAGCAGAAGUGCUCACUAUCACACAUUUAGACUGAUUUGUGAACAAUGUUUGAGAGAAAUGGUGAUAUUGUGUAUCUGGAAUGAAUUUUAGAUCUUUAAGUCCAUCUCAUGAAAAAUGGGAGCAGAAACAAAAGUGUUGCGUUUAUAUUUUUGUUCAGUGUAGUUUUCUACAUGGUUGCGUCACGUGAAGCAUGUGAAUUGCAAACAAACUGAAAAAACUUCUUUUUGUUAGAGUUUGAGUUGUUUGUAAUUCACCCGUUAUGUUGGUAACAGUUUACUCCUCAAAGUCGUGUUAUUUCUUGCACUUUCUGACUCACAGGAACUAAUUUGAGACGAGUUCCAGAUGCCCAGGAGGACUAUUGUGAGAUAAAUUUAUUGUAGUUUUAUUUAGCUAAAUUUUUUAGUUAAUUCAAGAGAUUUGCCACAGAGAAGCUGCUCACACGUGUUUCGACACACUUUUGAAAACCAUCUUUUCAAUUUGUCGCCAACAGUCGCAGCCCGGCAUGCUAGGAAAACCACAAAUAGUACACCAGUCCCUGAUUAACAUGGAAAGUAUCCCAAGCUGAUCUACCUCACUGGCCCUGAGUCAUCAAACAGACAAAACUCUAAACCCAACAAGCAUUUAGUCACCUGAUGCACACGGACAACAGCAGGGAUCUCACACACAAAUAAAAUGGUUUUAGUGCCACGGCACAGGAAAAGGCACCGGUUCUGAUGGUGUCUCAGACCAACCACAUCAGAUAUUGACCAAUAGCUCCCAGUUUCCGUGAUCCAAGAUGGAUACAAAGGAGGAAAGCACACAGUGUUGUUUUAAAAUCAGUGACCGGAUUAGAGAACGACAAACCGGCUGUUUCAGUGAAACCGUGGAAAGCACAACCGGUGGAGCAGUUUGUUGUGCGACUCAGGAAAUAAAGCCCGUUGUGUUUGACAGACUCGGAUGGCGAUAGAGCAGCGUUCCAACAUUUUUGCUGUCUUCUGGUUUUGUUUUAUGCUUUGCUGAGCUCACUGACCCCCUGGAUGGAGUUGGAGUUACUCCCCUGAGCUGCAGAUGGUACUCCGUCGCUUUUAAAGAACCCGAACAGACAUGUUUGGGAAUGCUGAGCUGUGCUGGAAUUAUCUGACACUUCAAAAGCCAUUCCGUGUGAAUGUGCAGCACGUUUCUAUUGUUUGGUUCUUCUAUAUGUCUGAGUUUAUGUGAUGAAGCAUUCCCAAAUGUCGGAGCCACAUGGGAAUUGUUCCCUAAGCUCUUGGCUUCAUAUUUUUGACUUCGGCUACAGGGGCAGUGGGAUGCUCCCGGUUUCUCUCCCAACACUCCAAAUAUUUAUCAGAUUAUGCUGUUGGCAGGGAUUUAUUUAUAUUUAAUCUGAAUAAUUCACAGAUUGUGUGAAAGUCAUUUAAUAUUUUAGAUGUUGGAAAUAAGUUUUAAAAGAUGGUGAGCCUCGUGUUUAUCAUCUGUUUCACAAAAAAAUUGACAAGGUUCUAAACUCGCCUUAAACUCAUUCAUUCUUGUUAAAUUUCAUGUGCAGCAGUGACCCCUACUGGCGACCAGGUAGAAUGCAGUCCCCUAAUUGCUUUUUGUUAGAACGUUUUAAACAUUCAUUCAUUCAUUCAUUCAUUCAUUCAAACGGUUGUUUCUUUUAUACUCACCCAGAGCGUUUCUGGCCAUCUGAUGAUUUAAAGAGAUUUGUUUGGAUCAGUGCAAUAGAAGUCCCGGAUUGCUUACAGGGGGCGUGGACUCGGCUGAGGAAGUCCUGAAGAUGUAGAUCUCCAGAAAUGUCUGAAGGUUUUCUCAAGCAUUAAAACAAAACUAACUGAACGUUUCAUCUCCGCCUGGACUAGCAAGCGGCUGAAGUGUCCUUUAAUACAUUACUGCACAUGUCUUUUCCUAGAGCCACUCCAUCCAUCCUGCACACGCUCACAGAUGAUCCAACUAAACUCCAAACUGAUCCUUGGAUCUGUUUAAUUCACCAAGUGUGACUCAGCAGGUUUUUAUGAAUAAGGGAGGAAUAAAAACAUGCGAGGAAAGUUGACCAUUGAGCAGGGUUGAUGGUUUAUCCCUUGAGGUCCAUGUGGCAGGGGUGAGGUGGUGCUCACUCCUCACUCCUGCCACAUGGACCUCAAGGGAUAAACCAUCAACCCUGCUCAAUGGUCAACUUUCCUCGCGGGGUCACACCCACUAGGACAGUUGGAGGGUUAAACAGCCCAGGAUGACUGUUGUAAGGGUUAGGAUUCCAGAGGAAAACCUGCAGCUUUUACCCCCCCCCCCCCCCCAAAAAAAGCAUCCAAACGCUGCAGCUGCUGCCCCGUUUCUCCCGCCAGAUCCUCGACUCCUGCAACAGCUGCACAGAGCCAAGUUGUCCCGGAGCCGUUUCUCUGAGUCGCUGGUACUCCGAGCUGUCCAGUCGGUUCUGAUCCGCUGACUAAUCCUGUGUGUGUGUGUGUGUGUGUGUGUGUGUGUUGGUUUACUGCGUUAACUGGCCUUUUCAAACGGAACUAGCUUACUAAAAAUGUUAUUGCUUUGUUAUUGCCUGUGUAGAUAUGAUUUUAUUUAUUGUCUUUUUAAUACCCUGCAUUCAUUGUGCUGCCAUGUUUUCAUGCCUAAGCCAUUAAGAUUUUUAAUUAAACUAUUUUCUGUAACCGUU